AUGGUCCAUGAUCACAUAAAGAUCGCAGAAGAGGAAUACAAUGUCGGCUCAGGGGGCGAGUCGGAUGCAGAUGUGUCGAACGAAGAUGCGGAUGAAUCUACCAGUACGCACCUUCAGGCACCACGUCGUUUCCAGCCCACGUGGUACAAGCCUAAACGCCACCAUUCCUUUACUUCUAUAAGUGAUACCGAAGCAGCAGCCGGACCUGCCCCUUCGCCAGAUAAAUCUCUCGAUGUGCUACCUGUGCAUCGCCGAUGGAUCAACACCUUUGGAAAGCGUGGCUCAUACCAUCGCGCACGUCACCAAAUCAGUCCCUCUAGUUCUGGACUGAGCACUUUUGGCAUAGGAGGCGCUGCACUUGAAACUGGGAGUCAUUCCAUGGAGGAUGGUAUCGCCGCGAGUGUAUGGGACGCCCAGGACGAUUAUGCUAUUGAUAUGCGACUCACGUUAAAGCGCAAGCUUGUCGAAAUUUACACAUCACUCAAUGAACUGCAGCAAUAUGCGCAGCUGAACCUAACAGGUAUGGAGAAGAUCUUGAAGAAAUACGAUAAGAUCACGAGCAACUCGUUAAAAGAUCGGUAUAUGCACAAUGUCGUCAAAGUCAAGUACCCUUUCCAGCCACAAGCGAUAGGCCUUUUGCGUGAACAGAUUGAGGAGGUGGUGCAUAUGUAUGCACGAGUCGCCGCUCGAGGGGAUGAGGAAUUGGCACACCAGCAAUUGAGGAUGCAAUUGCGUGAGGAAGUGGUGUGGCAAAGGAACACUGUCUGGCGUGAGAUGAUCAAUAUCGAACGCCGUGCUCAAGCUGCCUCGCUCGAGAAAGGUAUUAUGGGCUCAUCGACCCAUUUACUCGAUGAAGAGCCGAAGCAGCCUAACAAGCUAUGGACACCAUUUGGCGAAAUUUUGCUUCCUGCUUUUCUCACACUGGGUACUUUCCAGCUCUUUGGCUCAUUAUUGCUCUUCUUUUUACUUCUCAAAGUGCCUGCAUUCCGGCCCAUUUUACGCAACUUGCCACCCCGUUCGCCUUAUGCGACGAGCAUGGUGAUGGGUAUUGCGCUGGCAUCAAACAUUGGUGGCCAGACGUCCCCAAUUGCUUCGCCGCAGAACUUAAUUGCACUUGAAUACAUGGAAGUGCCUCUCGGAUGGCUCCAGUGGUUUGGGAUAACCCUCCCGCGGCGUAUCGAGAAUAUCAUGGGUGAUAUGGCUAUCACAGCUGUUGUGCCACUUGUGCUGUUCUUUGGUUCUGGUAUUCUUACGAAAGAAGACUUCAAUAACUUCUUGUGGACAAUCGUGUUCUUGGCCAUGGGUGGCAUUGCGCUUGGUAAGGGCGUGGCAUCCAGUGGUCUUCUGAAAAGCCUUGACGGAUUUGUCCAGAACCAGGUCGACGGACUGCCUCUUUGGGGUAUCCUUGUGAUCCUCGUCAGUGUGGGGCUUGUGGUCGCCACGUUCAUUUCGCAUACCAUUGCCGCAGUAUUGUUGGUACCCAUUGCCGCUCAAAUGGGGGCGAAUUUGGCAGAGCCUCAUCCGCGCCUCUUGAUCAUGGCCACGGCCCUGACAUCUAGUGCAGCCAUGGGUCUGCCGAUCUCGGGUUUCCCCAACAUGACGGCGAUUAAUUUGGAGGACGAAGUGGGUCAUCAUUACGAGCGACCUUCGCCAGACGAGGUCGAAUGGGUGCGUGCACAUAGCGGCGACGCUGCCACUCACUGCACCCACAAGGAAGGACGAGCCGAAUUCAUGCCAGAACGUCGAAGUCUGACUCUCUCCAAAACCGCCGCCGGUGAGAAGCACUUUGCCCGCCUCAUAUCCCGUGAAGUAGAUCGCCGAGAAUGGAACGUCGCGCCAUAG